AUAAACAAUAAGAAGAAGAAUAAAUAAAAAAAGAUAAAGGGAGAAAGAGAAAAUCAAAUAUGACGAUUACGAUCGAUAUAAAAGCCUAAGAAGAAUUGAUCAAGAAUUAAUCGAUGAUAAAUAUCGAUAAUAUCGAAGCGGCCUCUCGCAUUUCAAAGUGAUACCGAAUUGUUUGUCUAAAUAAUCGCUGAAGAUGAUUAAAUACUAACAUUCAAGGCGGCCCCAUAAACCGUCAAUUUCAUAACACAUUUUAAUUCCAUGUCGACUUUUGCUUCCUCCUCUUACCCCUCUUUCCUGAAACUUCAUCAUCUCCCUCCUCUCUUUCUAUGAGAUAAAGAGAGAGAGAGAGAAAAAGAGAGGGACGAGUUUAACAAAGAAGCGGUUGGAAGUUCACGUUGAAUCAAUCGACUUAUAUCUCGUGUGCUCAACGCAGUAGAGCGUGUGUAGAACUCGUAAAGUGAAUCCCACGGCCAAAAAGUAUUCGCCAGGACUCCAUCUACCCCUCCCAAUCCUUUUUUCCCACCUAUCCCUGCCAAUUCUUUUUGAGCUCGUAACAGAAGUGAAAAAGAAAAAGAGAGAGAGAGAGAGAGAGACCUUUGAGAAGAAACUAGAACGCCCAAUUCGAAGUUUACCGAUCAAACUAUUCAAUCAGCAAGAAGCAGCAGCAUCCCUUCUUGAUAUUCUUUCAUAAAGUUCGAUAUACCGCAUUCGAUAUACCUAAUGCAUUCUUCAAUUUAAAAGUGACAUUAAUCAGAUAUAAGAUAUAUUCUAAGAGAAAUUGUGAACAUUGAAAUUAAAUUUAAUAAGGAGUCGCAGAAAAUGAUAAGCACGUUUCAAGGAUACAAAGAAGAUAUAUAUACUUGAAGUUUUGAUUAUAACAAAAAGACAAUUUAGAAAUGAAAAUAUAAGAGUACAUAAAAAUAGUAUUGUCUAUGAAACGUAAUUCUAUACGAGCUCUAAAGUACCUAAAGUAUUUUAAAAGUGGAAAAAUAUACGAUAAGAAUAAUCACAUCUACCUUUGUUUUUUCUUGCUCGACACAAAUUUAUUAUAUCUUUGGUAAUAGAUUAGAUUUCUUACCUUUGCAUUUGAAACGUGCGAAGACGUAACUCGUACAAUACGAGAACGCCUAAUAACAGGAAAAAGGGAGGAGAACCUGUUUACGAUUCGAAGAUAUUUGUGCGAGUCCUUUCGUUGCGAUAUCGAGUAACGUAUUCAAGGAUUGUCACUAAAAAGAAAUUGAUGUUACAGUAGUAAAUCAGAUAAGGUGAAAUAGGGGAAAAAGAAAAAGAAACAAGAAGGAUUGAAGUGAGAGAAAGAGAGGGAAAAAGAGAAAUAGGGAGAGGGAGAGAGUGAGAGAGAGAGAGAAAGAGAAAGAUUUGGAAGACGUUGACCCUCAACGAAACGAGGAGAAUCAAGCUUGGUAAAGUCGGCCCUGAAUGUUUUGACGCUGAGUGGUGCUAGGGUGCCGAGGUGGGGGGCACGUGGUCUUGCUGCCUGCCGUGCGCCGGCGGCAGCGGGGGUGGGGGUGGCGGUUCUGUCUCGGGGGCCACCCCCGAAGCCAAGAAAGGCGUCGUCUUAUCGCUCAAGCCUCACCAACAAUAUCACCAUCAGCAGCAGCAGCAACAACAUCAGUACCAACAACAUCAAUAUUCUCAACAACAUCAAGAGAAACAACAAUUACAAUAUCAGCGACAGGAUUCCAACGAGAAGAAAUCUUCCCAACAACCAAAAGUUCAGGAUCAACAAAAUAAAAAUCAACAGAAACAAACGAUUUCCACGGUGGAUUCGAAAGACCGUGCACCUUUAGGUGAACUUGAUGAAGAUCUCGAUGAUUUUGAUGACGAAGAGGAAAAGGAAUGCGAACUGAGAACCGAAGAGGAAGAAUUCGGAAGAGAAGGUGGUACGCAACACCGAUUGAGUCCAAGAUUACACGAUAUCGAAGAAGAGGACGAUGAAGAGGGUCGCAACACACGUGAAAGGCCAUACCAGAAGAAAUCACCAACGCCGAGUGGCGGCGGAAGUGGUAGCAGAACUGGUUGGCGUUCUCGCAGGAGCGUCACAACAUCAGGUGCCCCAGGGCAUCAACACCACGUGAUCGCCAGUGCUGCCGCUACGGCGCAGGCAAGAAUGCAGGCCGAACAGGGGAGUAUCGGCGAAUUGAGGGGUUACCACAAUCUGCGAUCCCGCAGACAUACUUUGGCGAACGUUCGUUUCGACGUCGAAAAUGGAGCAUCGACGUUGGACGGUGGAGCCGGUGGUGGUGGAGGGGCCUCCCCAAGUGCAGGGUUGGUUCUCCAAACGCUACCACAAAGAAGGGAGAGUUUCCUUUAUCGGAGUGACAGCGAUUUUGAGAUGUCACCGAAGUCGAUGUCUCGAAACAGUUCCAUUGCCAGUGAAAGGUUCAAAGAGACAGAGCUUCCUGUCGAGCGAGCGAUAUUUACCGAACAGUACAGUCAUGGCGAGGAUCUCAUUGUUACACCGUUUGCGCAAAUACUCGCUUCUCUUCGUGCGGUUCGGACCAAUUUCUUAUCACUCACGAAUGUCCCACCGAACAGAUCACGAAGGAGUAGUGGGGCGCAGGGUAGCAGUACGCCACAGCCACGAAUCCUUGCACCCGGUGAAGAGACCUAUAUAAAAUUGGCCGUGGAAACGAUGGAAGAAUUGGAUUGGUGUUUGGACCAACUGGAAACUAUUCAGACUCAUCGAUCCGUAUCCGAUAUGGCCUCCCUUAAGUUCAAGAGAAUGCUGAACAAGGAACUCCUUCAUUUCUCGGAAUCGUCCAAAUCCGGGAAUCAAAUAUCUGAAUAUAUCUGCAACACUUUCCUUGACAAACAGCAGGAACUCGAUUUGCCAUCUUUGCGGAUCGAAGAUGCGGUUGCAGCGGCCGGAAGUGUGGACGCACGUGCUGCCAAAAAGAAAGACAGAGUACAGAGGGGUCCAGCUUCUAUGUCGCAUAUUAGUGGCGUUAAAAGGCCACUUACGCACACAAAUAGCUUCACGGGAGAAAGAGUACCUCCUUAUGGAGUGGAGACCCCAUACGAGGAGGGACUUGGCAAGUUAUUGUCGGACAUCGAUAAGUGGGGUAUCGAUAUCUUCAGGAUAGGCGAGCUCAGUAAUAAUCGACCUCUCACCUGCGUCGCGUAUACAGCCUUCCAAAGUCGAGAUUUAUUGAAAUCAUUGGCAAUACCGCCGAAAAUCUUCGUUACCUUCAUGAUGACACUUGAGGAUCAUUAUGUGAAGGAUAACCCCUUCCACAACAGUCUUCAUGCCGCCGAUGUGACCCAAUCCACUCACACACUACUCAACACACCUGCCCUCGAGUCUGUGUUUACGCCGUUGGAGAUUACAGCGGCUUUGUUUGCGGCCACAAUCCAUGACGUGGAUCAUCCCGGGCUAACGAAUCAGUUCCUUAUCAAUUCGAGCUCUGAGCUCGCUCUGAUGUACAACGAUGAAUCCGUAUUAGAAAAUCACCACCUUGCGGUGGCAUUCAAGCUUCUGCAGAACGAAGGUUGCGACAUCUUCGUGAACAUGACGAAAAAGCAAAGGCAAACAUUGAGGAAGAUGGUAAUCGACAUGGUCCUAUCGACUGACAUGUCGAAACACAUGUCCCUGUUGGCCGAUUUGAAGACGAUGGUGGAAACGAAGAAAGUCGCUGGUUCUGGAGUAUUAUUGUUAGACAAUUAUACGGAUCGCAUACAGGUGUUGGAAAAUCUCGUUCAUUGUGCUGACCUAUCUAAUCCAACUAAACCAUUGCCACUCUAUCGACGAUGGGUGAGCCUGUUGAUGGAGGAGUUCUUCCUUCAGGGUGACCGAGAACGUGAACAGAACAUGGACAUCAGUCCAAUGUGCGAUAGGCACAGCGCAACUAUCGAAAAGUCGCAGGUCGGCUUUAUCGAUUACAUCGUGCAUCCCCUUUGGGAAACCUGGGCCGAUUUGGUGCAUCCCGAUGCUCAGGAAAUUUUGGAUACAUUGGAGGAAAAUAGAGAUUGGUAUCAGUCGAUGAUUCCACCCUCACCGCCGUCCGACGACCAACAGCAGCAACAGCAGCAGCAAGGUGGAAACGAUCAGGAUAAGAAACAUUUUCAAAUGACUUUGGAAGAAGGUGACGAGAGCGGAGAAACGUUGGAAGGUAAUGACGGUGAUGACGAUGGUGGUAAUAAUGGUAACAGCGGCGGCGACAGAGGAGGUGGCGAAGGCGGUGGUGAGACAACAUUUUCGUGUGGGGACGCGGGCGUUGAUAACGAUGAUAACGCAGCAGAUGCUGGAAUGUGACGGAGGCUCGCCGGUAUCUGCAAGAAACUCCACGAGAAGGUUCAGCAGACUUGGUGGCGCGUGCGUCAGUGACACGAGCACGAGCAGGAUCCGCGUUGGCUGCAGGUCGCGGUGUUGCUCUGCUGUCGAAAGCGACGACGAUGAAGUGAUCAUCCUUGUGUCCUUGGAAUUCUAAGUACGCUCGAAGCUGCCUAGACUGAUAACAUAGAGAGAGAGAGAGAGAGAGAGAAAGAGAGAGAGAGGGCUAGGCUUAGUCAUUUGCGAUGACCAAAGAUGAUGGCUUGGCCAAGACUGCAUAGUGCCAAAUUUCUUGGCACUGAAAAGGAGAGAAUGGCAAGAAGAAGAGUAAUUACAAAAAAAAGAAAAAGAAAAAUGAAAAAAAAAAAAAGAAAAAAAUGACCAUCACUACUCUCCCCCUUGUUACUCGCCCUGGGUUUUAUUUUUCUUGUUGUUGUUACCAACACUGGAAAAAGCAACAGCAACAUUAACAACAAUAACAGCAGCAGCACCACCACUACCAAUACCAAUACCACCACCAUCACCACCACCACCACCACCACUAACACCAACAUCACCGCCGUUGUCUAUCGUCGCUCAAAGAUUUAAUAUAACGUGACGAUGACAGUUCCUUGUCGACAAAUCAUCCUAAAAAAGCGAAAUGCUCUCUCUCUCUUUCUCUCUCUCUCUCUCUUCUCUCUUUCUUCUCCUGUCUUUCUUUUCCUGUAUUUUCCUGUCUCUCGUACGCGAAAGUUACGGAUCGUUCGUGACUUAUCUUUUCGGGCUGGAUUAGAAUGAAAGAAGAAGAAAAAAAAGAAGAAGAAGAAGAA